ACUAGGUAUUUAGUCGGCUAGUACGCUUCUAAGCGAAUUCUUCGCAAAAGAUACUUUCCGCACAGCAAUCGUAGCUCAGAUACCGCGUGCCUCUUGCCCACUCGGACAGAAGCGCUCGAAUUCUGCUUCUACAGUUCUAGCUCGGAUAGAGUGGUGUAUUCUGCUACAUACCCUUCAGUGCUGAACAGUGUAAUAUGUGACUAUAGUGCUUGCAGAUUCCGGUGGUCUUCAAUAUAGUGCGAAAUAUAUUUCUUCAGUGAAAGUUUGAAUUUUGUGAGGUAUCUUCAAAACUUAGUGCUGAACAUCUUCAUAUACGAAGUCUUCAAACCCCAAAAACUUACAAAUCUAUGAUUUACUCAAAUUGAGUAUAUUUAAUUGAUUUAAUCUCGAACACUCGAUCGUAGACGAUAGGACUAAAGAUGAAUGAGGGUUACAAUUGCGGUUUAUCAUUUUGGCAUCCAAAAUGGUUACAAAAAUUUGCAAACAUUCGAUGGUUUAUGGCAGUCUAUGGUCUGCUGGGAACCGUACAAGGAAUAUCAACCACUUAUCUGAUUGCAACGAUAACUACAUUGGAAAGAAGAUUUCAUAUGCCAAGUCAAACGACAGGCAUCGUUUUAAGUGGCAAUGAAAUAUCGCAAAUUUUUCUCUCGUUAAUUCUAUCUUAUAUUGGUGGUCAAAAGAAUCGCCCACGAUGGAUAGCAUGGGGAAUGGUUUUCUGUGGUUUAUCUUGUCUCGUCAUUGCUACUCCUCAUUUAAUUUAUGGACUCGGUGAAGAGACGUUCCACCUGACGAAGGAAUAUUAUGAUGGUAUUGGAAGAAAUUGGACCGACGCGAUAUCGGCAAACGCAACUGCUGCCGCUGGGCCAUCACAUAAAAGGAGCUCCCUAUGCGAAACGAUAGGAGUCGAUAAUAAAAAAUGCAACAAUCUAGUCACACUUUUGCCGCUGAUUCUAAUCUUUCUUUCACAAUUCAUCUUGGGAGUCGGAAAUACUUUAUAUUAUACGUUGGGACAAACAUAUGUGGAUGAUAAUACAAAAAAAAAGAAUACUCCAUUGUUAUUCGCAUAUGCCUUGGCUAUGCGCAUGAUUGGCCCAACUUUAGGAUUCAUUUUAGGUACUGGAAUGCUUAGCAUCUUCAUAGAUCCGUCCAAAACGCCGUUGAUUAAAGGAACAGAUCCUCGCUGGCUAGGAGCUUGGUGGCUUGGAUGGAUUAUAAUUGGAUUCAUUAUGUUUAUAUUUUCUGGCUUACUUGCACUAUUUCCACAACAAUUACCUAGAAAAGACCAACACAUUGUAGAUAAUUCUAUAUCGGACACUCCACGAUCCACCGAGCUGUUUUCGUUGAAUGCUACAGUAAUUCCGGAGAAAAAAAUAGAAGAAACCCAAACAAUGGAACGAAGUGAAAUAAGUUGGGAAGACUUCAUCAGCUCUCUGAAAAGAGUACUCCCCAACAAGAUUGUUUUCUACAAUAAUUUAUCUGGCGUUUUCUACAUUCUCGGUGCCGCUGGCUAUGUGACAUAUUUAGGACGUUAUGUUGAAGUGCAAUUUCAAAGAAGUUCGAAAAAUGCAACAGGUUUAAGUGGUGCAUUACCAAUGUUAGGAAUGAUGACGGGAAUUAUAGUUUCCGGUUGGGUGCUCUCGAAAAAACGACCAGCUGCCAGUAAAGUCCUUUUUUGGAAUGUGAUUAUUGGUUGCUGUUACGUUAUAGGACAAUUUUCGUAUCUGUUCUUCUAUUGUCCAGAUAAUAGUGCGUCGUUAUUGAAGGAAAGGGCCAUUGUAAACACCUGUAACGAGAACUGCCACUGUGACGAGGUACGCUAUACACCAGUAUGCCACGAACCAAGCAACCAAGUGUUCUUCUCACCAUGCCAUGCAGGUUGCAAGACCUGGGAACCUAAGCAGAAUAUAUAUUCAAAUUGCAGCUGCCUUAGCAACAAUACUACUCCUUUCUUUUCCACAAUUUCACCUCUGGAUAGUCUAGCUUCAACCAUAAAACCUCCACCGGCGGAAGUCCUUGUCGGAGGACUCUGUACAGCAAAAAAUUGCUCCAUCCAAUUCUAUGCAUUUGCUCUAUUCACGAUGUUCAUUGGAUGGCUAAACUCUACCGGGAAAAUUGGAAACAUUUUAGUCAACUACCGAGCUGUCGCGGAUAAGGACAAAGCGUUCACGCAAGGACUCACAUUGACGGUUCUCAGUCUGUGUGCUUUCAUUCCGGGACCGAUCAUAUAUGGACGAAUUAUCGAUACUGCCUGCAUAUCAUGGAAUACAACAUGUGGAAAGCGUGGAGACUGUCAGUUGUAUGACCAGAAUGCGCUCAGAUACUACAUGGUUGGGAUGGGAAUGGUUUUCACUGCAGUUGGAACCAUAUUUGACUACUUGGUUUGGUACUAUGGCAAGAAUAUCGAUUUUUACGGUGAUGCCACGAUUACGGAGGAUCAAGCUGAGAAACCAAGGAAUGGAGAGGUUAUCGAACCUUUGAUAAACUAAAAAGCACUAGGAUUAAGAGUUUUUUUAAGAGGCAUUUUGUACAUAUUGACUCAAUAGUAAUAAUAAAAAUAUAAGUUUUGUACUUUUAAAA